AUGGGGAACGUGCUGGAGUUCCUCACCUACUUCAGGGACACGCCGCCCUCCAGCUCACGGGUCCCCAAGAAGUCCCUGGUGGCAGCUCUGAGGGCAGUGUCGACGGGCCUCCGACAGCUGUCCAGGCAUGUGCUCCUCCGCAGCUGCAGGUCAGAAGUCCAAAUCCAAGAAGUUAAUCCCAAAGCCGACCUCUCUGCCUGCCGGAGAAAGCACAGAAGGUCAUCCCAGAUCCUCGAGGCUUUCAACGAGAGGCCAACCCAUCCAAACAUGCGCCGGUUCUAUGGCUACCUGAGUGCCUACCUGUCUAGCAUUUACGGCCAUAGAACCGGCGUGCUGACCAACAUGAAGGUCGCAGAGCUGGACGAGGCCCGGGAGGACGCAAAGUCCGGUACCUCCGGCUUUGUGAUCAAUGUGAAGGACCACAAGACCAACAAAUCCUUCGGGCCCGCCCAGCUUUACUUAACAAUGGGCGAGUUUGCCUGGCUGGAGCUCUGGUCUGAGCUGCGGGGCAAACUGAACCCCUCCACCGAUCUUCUGCUCUUCAACGAGAAUGGGCAGAAGAUCAACAAUAUGCAGCAACACCUGCAGAACGCCUGGAGGAGAUGGGCCUCCGGCUUCCCACCUUCACGGACUUCCGGACCUCUGUGGCCACCUAUGUGA